UGCUUUGUGCAUUGAGACCUGACUUUGCAAUGGGGAAGUUACUAAUUCUUGCUGUUUUCGCGGUUCUGCUCUCGGUGGUCGCGUACACACUUUUAGACUUUUGCGAUAAAAUGGGUGUAUUCAGGAAACUGGAUCCAGUCAAGCCUGGAAAAUGCAAUCUAAUCAAAGGAAUCGAAUAUGGUUCUGAAGACAUCAGCAUUCUCCCUGGAGGCCUGGCCCUUGUUAGUUCAGGCCUGAAGUAUCCAUUAGUGCCUAAUCUUGCUAGUGAUCAACCAGGCCAGAUUCUCCUUGUGGAUCUCAAUCAACCAGUCCUGAAAGCUGUUCAACUGAGGAUCAGUCGUGGGUUUGAUGUGGCAUCCUUUAAUCCACAUGGGUUGAGUACAUAUAUAGAUGAGGAUGAUACUGUAUAUGUUUUUGUUGUGAACCAUCCACAGAAUAGGACCACAGUGGAGAUUUUUGAGUUUGAAGAGGAACAAAAUAGUUUGCUUCAUUUAAAGACCAUCCAACAUGAACUUUUACACAGUGUGAAUGAUAUUGUUGCACUAGGCUCUGACCGAUUCUAUGCCACCAACGACCAUUAUUUCGCUCAGGAACCCCUGCACUCCUUGGAGUUUUUAAUUGGCUUGCCAUGGUGCAAUGUUGUUUACUACAGUCCCUCUGAAGUAAAAGAAGUGGCAACGGGAUUUAGAUUAGCCAAUGGGAUUAAUGUUUCCCCUGAUGGAAGAUAUAUCUAUAUUGCAGAAACUUUUGCCCGUAACAUCCAUAUUAUGGAAAUAAAUCCGAACAAUACUCUGACUCCAGUGAAGAUUUUGCAUUUGGAAACUGUACCAGACAACCUGGAGGUGGAUCCCAAGACUGGAGAUGUGUGGGUUGGGUGUUGUCCCAAUUGCUGGAAAAUAUUCUUUUACCAGCCUGAAAAUGGCCCAGGAUCUGAGGUAAUAAAAAUCGAAAACAUUCUAUCUGAGAACCCGAAGGUGACCCAAGUGUAUCUGAACAAUGACUCUGUUCUCCAAGGCUCAUCAGUUGCCAUUGCUUAUGAAGGAAAAUUGCUUAUUGGCACAAUCUUCCACAAAGCACUUCACUGUGACCUUAAUAACUCAUAACUAUGAGUUGAUGUGUGCUUUUACAGCUGGGAAUGUUCUCUGUUCAGACAGUGAAUAAAAGAUUUGUAAUACUUCCUUUCAUUUAGACUGUGACAUUAGUGCCAAUGAUAGUGGUUUCAUUUUGUGUCUAAAAUGGAAUUAAAUCGGGAUGUAAUUUUUUUUGUAAAAUAUCCUUUAUGAUUAGAGAGUUUUAGGAGAAGGUCUAAAAUUUAGGGCAUGCCAAAUGCAUUCAGUUCUAGUAGAAGUAAAUAUAUGUAAACAUAUGUUAUGAGGAGUGGAAGGAAGAGAGGAGUGGUCCUGUGACAAUUCAACAAAAUCAUGACUGUCCUGAUUAUAACCACAAAACCUUAUUUCUUCCAAUCCCUUACUAUCAAGUAACUAUUCUCCUCUGCCUAAAACUAUUCAAAUAUCCUGCUUCCAUGGCCUUUCGAGGAGAGUUCCAAAGAUUCAUAACCCUCUGAGAAAAAACAUUUUUCCCUAUCACUGUCUUAAAUGAGUAAUGCUUUAUUUUCAAAUAGUGACCCUUAGAUAUAGAUUCUCCCAAAAGAGGAAACAUCUUUGCCACAUCCACCCUGUUAUGUACCCUCAAGAUAUUGUAUGUUCAAUCAAAUUGUCUUGUGCUCUUCUAAAUUCCAGUGGCUAGGAGGAAGUGAGGACUGCAGGUGCUGGUGAUCAGAGUCAAAAAGAUUAAAAACGCGAAUCCAAUGUUGUCACUUAUCCCAAGAGGGUUGGAAUAUAAAAGCACCGUUGUGCUACUGAGACUUUAUAAAGCUCUGGUUAGGCCCGAGUACUGUGUCCAGUUUUGGUCCCCACACCUCAGGAAGGACAUACUGGCACUGGAACGUGUCCAGCGGAGAUUCACAUGGACGAUCCUUGGAAUGAUAGGUGUAACAUACGAGGAACGGCUGAGGAUCCUGGGAUUGUAUUCAUUGGAGUUUAGAUGAUUUGAGGGGAGACUUAAUAGAAACUUACAAGAUAAUACAUGGCUUGGAAAGGGUGGACGCUAGGAAAUUGUUUCCGUGAGGCGAGGAGACUAGGACCCAUGGACACAGCCUUAGAAUUAGAGGGGGUCAAUUCAGAACAGAAAUGCGGAGACAUUUCUUCAGCCAGAGUGGUGGGCCUGUAGAAUUCAUUGCGGCAGAGUGCAGUGGAGGCCGGGACGCUAAAUGUCUUCAAGGCAGAGAUUGAUAGAUUCUUGAUGUCACGAGGAAUUAAGGGCUACGGGGAGAAUGCUGGUAAGUGGAGUUGAAAUGCCCAUCAGCCUUGAUUGAAUGGCGGAGUGGACUCGAUGGGCCAAAUGGCCUUACUUCCACUCCUAUGUCUUAUGGUCUUAAAAAGUGUGGCACUGGAAAAGCACAGCAGGUCAGGCAGCAUCCGAGGAGCAUUGCUGAUUAAGGGCUUCUGCCUGAAACAUUGUAUCUUCUGCUCCGACGACUCUUGGAUGCUGCCUGAUCUGCUGUGCUUUUCCAGCACUACACGUUUUGACUCUAAAUUCCAAUCGUACAAACAUAGCCUGUCCAAAUUUCCCUCAUAAGUGAGCCCACCCAUCCAUGUAUAAGUCUAAGUAAACUUCCCUGAGCUGAUUCCAAUAUAUUUGCAACCUUUCUUAAAAAAUGAGACCAAUACAUAGUACUUGAGAUUAGUUUCACUGAUGCUCUAUAAAACAUUCUGUCAGCAUCCUAAUUACUUGCAGUACCUGCAAGCUUCUUGUGAUUAAUACCCUGGAAUACCCAGAUUCCUCUGUAUUUCAGAUGACUGCAAUCUUGUAACAUUUAGAAAGAAUGCUUCUUCGUUGUUCUUUUGGCCAAAAUGAAUAACUUCGAAUUUUCCCACGUUAUUUUCAAUUUGCCAGAUCUUUGCCUACUAUUUAACUGACCUAUGUACCUUUGGAGCCUCUUUAUAUGUUCUUCACAACUUACUUUGCAUCAUUGGAAAAUUUAGCAAACACACAUUUGAUCCAAAUCAUUCAUAUGAAUUGUAAAAGGUUCAGGCCCCCAGCAUUGAUUCCUGUAGCACCGCUUCACUUUUUUAUUUUCUAAAAAAGGUUUAUUUCUGCUUAUUCUGUUUCCUGUUAGUCAAUGUUCUAUCUAUACCUAAAUCCCCUACAUCAUGACUUUAUUUUUUGUAAUAACCUUUGGUGUGACAUUUUAUCAAAAACCUUCUCGACAUCUAGGUAUAGCAUUGUACCAGUUCCCCAAUUGAAGCCAAUGCACCAACUAUCACAUUAACCACUUCUUUUAAGUCCCAAGGAUGGAGUCCAUCAGUCCAGCCAGCAGAUACAACAAUUUGCUCAGUACCAUUUAUCUAGUGAUUGUCAUUUUUCUUUAGUUCCCCUUUGCUUCCCUUUCAUUUCCUGAUUUAUAGCUAUUUCUGGGAUGCUAUUUCAACCCUCCACAGUGAAGACUGAUUAAAAAUACCUGUUCAAUUCUUCAAUCAUCUUCUUAUUUUUCAUUACCAAUCCCCUGGACUUGCUUUCUUUAAUGUUUACUCUGGUUUUCCAUUUUCUGAAAACCACCUAUAGAAAUUCUUACAAUGUUUUAAAUUUUUCUCAUUGUUUUAUUUCUUAUGUUGUGUCCCAACUUCUGACCUGCCAUUUGUUUCACUGCUUUUGUUGGCCACAGAUUCCUCCCUUUGGAAUUUUUAUUUCUUGUUGGAAUAUAUCUACUUUGAAAUAUUCCCUUAAAUGUCUGCCACUGUAUCUCCACUAACGUAUCCCUUAGCUUAAUUUUCCAAUUCACUUUAGCUGGCUCUGCUUUCAUAACUUUAUAAUUGCUAAGUCCUUAUAUAAGUUUAUGCUAGUAGUAUUGAAAAUAAUAAACAUUUAUCUCAAUUUCCUAUCAAUUGAAAGGAUGUGAAUCUCAGACUUUUCACCAGGAUUGGGGCAAUUCAGAUGGCUGCCUCUGCCACCUCCUCCUUCUGAAGCUCCUUGUAACUUGCCCUGAAUUUGUCUCAUUUACCAAGUUUCUCUGCUAGUGUCCUCUCCUGGGUGUACUCUGUCCAUGAAACUCACCUGUGUCAAUGUACUUGGCUCCUUUUUAGCUGAUAUUGUUACUGAUCUUGUUUUAGUUACUGUUACCAUCUUCAAAUUGGCCUUCAUUACCUUGCUGUUUGAAGAAAAAUAAUUCCUUCUUCCUUGCAAACUACUACACCAGAUCUAAGAUCCUUUUCAUUUCAAGUCUUUGGGAAGUGACGAUACACCCUGGUCAAUGCCCAUAAUGGCUAAAACUCCUUUUCAGUGCCUCAAAUGAGGAUUCCAUCUGUUCCAUGAUGCCAAAAUGUCUCACAGUCACAAAUGACAUCCUAAAUCACUAUGAAGAAAGUAAACUUACCCAUUUCCUUUCUGACCUGUCUGCAAUCUUUGACACACUUGAUCACACCACUUUCUUCCACUAUUUUCCACCUUGUUGAUGAAAGAGCUAAAGCUGAGAGGGUUAAAUACAAAUUCAAUUAGAUGUGUUUGUAUUAAAAAUGUAAGCAGAUGGUAAAGAUCCAGGCUGCAUGAGUGCGUGACAGAAAUGUGAAUGCAGCCUAGAUAGCACAAUCAUCCGGAUAAGGGGAAUAUCAUGGGUGGACAUUAACUGUGCCUAAUGUAUGCAACUGUGGGAGAAAUUGAGUUAGUAUGUACGUUAUGAAUGAAGGAACAAACAAUUUAUUGUCACAUAUAUUUAGGGAAAUACAGUGAAACAUGUUCUGUCACCACAAUCCGGGGCCAUUUUGAUGUACAAAAGAAUUAAAGCAAAGUACUUAAAUAGAGUUCAUCUUCAUCGGCUGCAAUCCCAAACAUAGCUCCAGGAUUUCUGCAAGGCCCCCAAUUCGGGCUCCCUGCAGCCAGAAGCCGUGCUCUCAGCACCAACAUCACUGCUAAAAGAGUCCAUGCUCCAGGCAGUACUGCAGCUAGGAGUCACUGCCGACACAACGCUCUGGCAUCCUUGUGACAUCAGGAAGAUGAAGAAAAAGAGACAAAAAGGAAAGUGGAGAAGAAUGCAGCUGGCCUGGAUUAGCCUAAAUGCUACCUACUGUGCUGGUGCUGCCAUCUUGAUUGCAGCUGUUAAGUUGAUCAAAUUUGAAAUUGAAUAAGUAAAAUGUACAAAUGAUAACUUCUGGGGUUUUGCUAGAGUUCAGUUUUAGAAUAUUUAAGACUGGCUCUCCUGAGUGCACAUGAAUAAAUAAUUGUCACUUGUA